GUCCGACUACAACAUCCAGAAGGAGUCUACUCUGCACCUGGUCCUUCGUCUGAGAGGAGGGAUGCAAAUCUUCAUGAAGACCCUCACUGGCAAGACCAUCAUCCUCAAGGUUGAACCCAGUGACACCACUGAGAAUGUGAAGGCCAAGAUCCAAGACAAGGCGGGCAUCCCCACUGACCAGCAGAGGCUGAUCUUUGCUAGCAAGCAGCUGGAAGAUGGAUGCACCCUGUCCGACUACAACAUCCAGAAGGAGUCCACCCUGCACCUGGUGCUCCGUCUGAGGGGAGGUAUCUGAGCUUCCCCUAUGUUUUAAGCAUACAAGAAGUUCCAUUGCACUUUCAAUAAAGUUCUUGCAUUCCAAAAA